AUGACGGAGUACCAACAAUUGCCCAUCGUUCGAAUCGUCAUCGACCCAGCCCUACGUGAAGGAGCGCCGGUCACAAUAGUUGAUCUUCGCAACAUAUUCCAAGGUAUUCUGAUCAGUUUUCCUGACGCCUUUGGUCAAGGGGUCGUGGGUGAGGACUUGGUUCAUCUCACCGAUGAGGAACGCGAAAAGUUCCGAAUUGCUGAGGACGAAAACUUCGAGGCCACGGAGAAUACCAGCGGCUUGCGGCACGUCUUCAUUUUCGAUGCAUAUCAGUUAGCACCUCACCUUCGCUGUCCCGUUUCGUCGCUGCCGGCAUUGCUCGGAGCGAGAGGAAUCAUGGAUGUUCUGCUAGAUGAGGCACGAUGCUGCGUAGAUGUGGUGUGCGCGUUGCUGGCUAAGGGUAUCCCUGGACCUGGUAUAGCCAUCGUCGUCUACUACAAGGACCAGCAGCACAUCCUGCAAUCGAACACCCGUCGAUCAGGGGUUGCACUGCCACAUGCAUACCGUCGACACGGUCCAAGGCGGUGA